UCCUAAUAACCACAUAAGGAACAAUGAAGAUUUGGCUUCUAAUCCUGUCUGUGUCAGUGACAACCAUAAAUGGCGCAACGCAUGAAGACUUGACUAGACUUCACCAAAUGUUGAUGACAAAUUAUAGUAAGGACUUGCGUCCAACAUUUAACUUGUCGCAGCCAACAACAGUAUAUGUCGGAUUUCAGUUGAUAUCGUUGAAAGAAUUUGAGGAAAAGAAAAGCAAAUUUGCUGUUGUUGGUAUGUUAAUGAUGGCGUGGCAUGACUUUCAAAUGCAAUGGAAUCCUGAUGAUUAUGGUGGUAUAGACCACACGUUUCUUCCUCAGAGCUCUGUAUGGAAACCUAACUUUGUUAUGUUGAACCCGUAUGAUAAAAUUGAGCUUCCGGGUUUUGACAGCCUAAAUAUCAAUGUUAAUCACUAUGGGUCAAUGGUGUGGGCUCCGCCUGAUGUUUACGCUGUCACGUGCUCAGCGGAUGUUACAUAUUAUCCGUUUGAUCAGCAGACAUGUUCCAUAUACUUUAGUCCCUACAUGUAUACUGUAACCGAUGUGAUUCUUCAGCCAUUGUCACCUGAUAUUACCUUAGAUUAUUACUACCCAGACAGUCUUUGGGAGAUAAAAGACACCAGUUGUACUGUGGUAACUGAAAUGAACUCUCAAACACUGGCACUGACGAUGGUACUUAAACGACGACCAAUGUUUCAAGUUAUAAACACAAUAGUACCUUUCUGUAUUUUGGGACUGUUGAACAUCAUGGUGUUUCUUCUUCCGGCCGAGUCUGGUGAACGUAUUGGGUUUUCUGUGACCGUUCUGCUAGCUAUUGCUGUGUUUAUGACCAUCGUGUCGGACACUCUGCCUGGAACCAGUGAACCUUCUUUCCCUCGAUUGUGUUAUUUAUUGACAGCGGAACUCUGUACCAAUAUGCUUGUGACUAUUUCUACAAUCUCGGUAUUACGGAUGUAUCAUAAACCCAAGCAUCAAAAGAUUCCAACUUGGUUACAAUCCGUAAUUUGCAAAUGUGUUUGCGCAAACGCCAAAAAUAAAAUUGAGAAAAGAAAAAUAUCAAACAAUGAACAGAAAAAUCGAAUGACCGUUUCUAUUGAAUCGGUUCUAUCCAAACUUCCUGAAUCAGAAAAAGUGAUGGCGGUAAGUGAAAGGAAUGAGGAAUGGAACAGCGAUGUUACGGUUAAAGGGAACAGUGAUAUCCAAGAAAAAGAAAAACAUAUUUGUGGUAAAACGUCAUGGCAGAGUGUUGCACAAUACCUCGACAUCUUUCUUUUUGUUUUAUUCAUAGUCAUUUUUUCAUCAAACAAAAUCGUUGCUUAUUAUGUAUUUUCGUAAGAGGAUACCCAUCAACUUUAUUAUAAAUGAAACAUAUAUAAACAUGUAGUUGUGACUUUCCAAAACUAUUCACGUUGAAUUUAGGUGAUUACCAAAAGCAUUAAUAAAUGGAUGUACCCUUCUGUAUAUACUGCU